GAAAUACUGACAGAUGAAAAUCUGCAUUCAUGUUUGAUGAAGUUAAAAGGGUUCUGUUUUCAAAAUAUACUUGCAGUUGUGUAUGAUGAAACACCAACACAAUAUUUGUCGCGCGUCAUUUCUGAGGAAAGCUUUAGAUGGGAGGAUAGAAUGAAGGUGGCAACUCAACUUGCAAGCCUCUUCACCUGGUUGCAUGAGAAGCGAUUUGCAAUUGGUCGUAUGGAGCCUUCUGCCAUAAUGAUUGACAAGGAGUUCAACAUAAAAGUAGUGGACUUUUCUUCCUUGGUUCGUGUAAGAGACAUCCCUCAUAAUAUUCUUCCUAAUGCUCCCGAGGCUGAUAAUGUUACUGAGACUUUAAAAGAUGAUGUUUACGCAUUUGGUAUUCUACUUUUGAGGUUGAUUACAAAUAACAAAAACAUUGAAGGUCCAUAUCAUUGGUGGAUUCUGGAGGAGCUACAAGGUGGUAAAAGAUCGAUAGUGGAUAAAUAAGUUCUGCUAAAUUGUGAUGGUGUGCUCGCUUGUGGAAUCACAAAACUAGCAGCAGAAUGUCUGGAUGAGGAUCUAAAUGCUCGCCCAGAUAUGAAGAAUGUCUUUGACCGCUUGACCAAUUUGGUAAGCAAAGCAACUUGAAUCAUGGAAGAGCAAAAUUAAUUGUUUUGUUAAGCCUGUAAUGAGACUUUAUGAGACUUUACAUUAUGAAUGUUCUCACCUUAGCAUUAGCAGUUGGUUGACUGGGAUUCUUCUUGUUUAAGAAGCAGUGAAGCACUGAUUCUUCAUUCUAACAUUUUCUCAUUGUUAGAGAUUUUUCACUUUAUAUGUAAAUGCAUGCCAUGCAUAUUCUCUUGGUAUGAUCACUCUA